UUGGAUCCAAUUGGGUUCCGCUAAAAUAAAAUAAUAGAGUUAGACCAAGUUUUUUCUUUCUAUAAAAAUGUGAAUUCUUAGAUGGGCAUAUCCAUCUCCGAGAAUAGCGAGCCGACCUGUCAUAAUGGAGAACCAAGCUACUGUGUCUGUCCCUGCAGAGCCACAGCAAAAUAUUGAACACCACGUCACAAUUCCUGAUGAUGAGGAGGAGGAAGAUAAUGUAAAUCCCCUAAUAAGAAAGGCCAAACCACUAAAACUGAAUAACGAAGAAGACAAAAGAACUACAAAUGCAUCUGAAAGCAGCUUGGCUAAAGAAGAAGAAGAAGAAGAAACGGAAAAGAUUUCUAGGGCCUUGCAAAGGACGUUGAAAUCACCAUCACUCGGAGCAAAUGCAGCCCUGAAUAUUAAAGAAGAGGCGAGGAAGACGAAAUCAUUUCCUGGCAGCCGGCUGACGGCUGAGAAAGAGAAGGAUGUGGAAGAGAGAAAUAGUAUUCCACUAAGGCGCGACAAGGGAAAAUCAAUAUUGUUACGUGAGGGAAGUGAUCCAAUCCUGACUCAGAAAGAUGAGACAGGCAGUGAAGUAACCUGGUCAUCGGCAAGUCCCAGAACCAGCAGUGCUGCAUCAGAUCAUGAAAUCCAAGAAGAAGCAAAAAAAGAGGAGCCAAAUGCAGGCCAAAUCGGAGAUGAAGAUGAAGCUGAAAUUUGUAGCAGCAUUAAGGUUCGGCUUAAGGGAAGGCUUGGAGAUGAAGAAUUAAGACAAGAUGGGGCAGGGACAAGUACUUCUAUUAGAAAUAGCACAUCUCCGUGCAUCUUUCGGGUUCCACAUAAACUUGCUGGAGUCAAUCAGAAUGCCUGUCAGCCUGAGCUUGUAUCAGUCGGCCCUUAUCACAAGGGAAAGCCUCAUCUGCACGAAUGGGAAGAGCACAAGCUUUACUUUCUUACCAGGUACCUUUUGCGAUCUCCACCUGAAGCGUCUUCAUCUUCAAACAGUUACGAUUCCCUUUUAAAACUCCGUGUUCAUAAAAUAGGCAGAUUAGAAAAAGAAGCAAGAGAAAGCUAUUUAGGUUUUCAGAACAUGUCAAGUCAUGAUUUUAUCGAAAUGAUUCUAGUGGAUGGUUGCUUUGUGGUUGAGCUCCUCUACCAUCUUAACCAUAAUGGGGAUGUGAUUGACAAAGAUGAUCCCAUCUUCACAAGGCCAGAGCUGAUCCCAAUUCUUAUUAGGGACCUUCUCAAACUUGAGAACCAAAUCCCUUAUUUUAUCCUCGAGUUAUUGUUUGAUCCAGAAUUGUACCCUCACGAAGAAUUAAAACAACCCUUUCAUUUACUUGCCUUAGAAGUCUUUAAUCUUGUCUUUGAGAGACCCUUGGAAGUCCUUAAAACAUUCGAGAACCAUGAAAGCAAGCAUUUACUUGAUCUAUUUCGCUUUAGUCUCCUACCUUCAAAGCAAGCCAGUGCUACUUACAGCAAUAACUUUUUCUUCCUCAACUCGAAGUUAGGUAGCUUAUUUUACAGUCAAUCGUCGGACCCGUCAAUUCAAUCCGUGGCACGUCUCAGACCAUCGGGAAUCGAGUUUAAGUCCAAGAAGACCAUGACUUUCUUAGAUAUCACUUUCCGGGACAAUGUAUUGGAAAUUCCCUCCAUCACUGUUGAUGAAUUCACCAGCACUGUUCUUAUAAAUUGUGUUGCUUUAGAACAAACUAUGGGAAAUACGUCUAUGUACUUCACAGACUACGUUUUCUUCAUGGGUUGUCUUGUUAACCAGCCAAGAGAUGCAGCAUUUCUGUGUUCUGACGGAAUCAUCACCAAAUAUUCUCAAGAUGAUAAAUAUGUCGCCGAUCUUUUCAACGGCCUUGCACAAAAAGUUGGCUCCAUUAGCAGGGAUUCUUAUCUCUCUAAGCAAGCAAUAAGCGUCGAGUCGUAUUUCUCUAGUCCUUCUGCAGUCAUGAGGCGCAAAUACAACAGUGAUCCAUUGUCAUUCCUCUCUUUCUAUGCUCUCCUCAUCCUAAUUCUUACUCUGAUACAAACCUUUAUCGCUAUCUUAAGUUACAAGCCCGGUAAAGAUCGCUAAUGAAAACAUAUGUCAGAUUGGAGUCAGAACUAUUUAGUAUGCUUCCUUCCAUAUGACUGUCAGGUGCGUGCUGCUGGUAUCAAGUUGUUCAUGUUAUCGUGUCAGGUACGAAAAAGGCCAUAUGGUGUUAAUACGUUAGUUUCUCUCCAAAAACCAAAUUAAUCUUGGGCUGCCGCAACCGGUCCUCACCGUUGACGGCAGCCCCACCAUAGUCACAAUACCACUUUCUUCUCUCUAUUCCUUCUUUUCUUCUCUUCUCUUUCUCUAUUUUUCCUUUUUGAAUGUGGAAAAGGGUGUUUGCUAUGGAUCACGGUCACUGUUGGUUCCUGGUGAGACAUUGCUGCUGCCGUAAUUAGCAUCGGUGUGCUGUUUCGAUGCUGCUACUGUCGCUCAGGUCAUCUCCAUUGUUGACCACGGGUGGUCGUGCUUGUUGCCCGCUGCCUACCUACCAUUUUCCCUCUAUUUUAAUCUUCUCCUAUGCUUCAUAAGAUAAGCUUGUCUGGUUUUCAUGUGGGUUCUCUUAUACUUAAUAAGAUAAGCUUGUUUGGUUUUCAUGUAUUUUUGUCGUUGAUUUUGUCAGUGUCCUGAAAUUUCUUAAUCAGUAAUUUUGUCUUAGAAACGUUUGACUCGGCCUUUUCGAAUGUCAAAAUCGAUUCCGGUUAUUUUCUCAUGAAUUCAUUCUGGUUAAUUUUUUU